CGAGGUAGUCUAGUGACUUCCAGCCCUCGUCCGUUCUGGUUCACAAAAAAAAUAAAAUUACAUUUCAAUCUUUCCAAUAUGCAAAUAUCUGUGCGAAAUCCAGCGGAAACAGGAUGCGGACAAUAGAAAGCGUUCAAAAAACGUGACGUGUGCCUGUGCAAAAAAACAUUUCGUGCCUUGACUUAGUGCUUAAUCCCAAUCCAGACGCAUAAAAUCGAUGCAGAUGCUGCCUGCAUCGCUCGCACAUUCUUAUGGAAAGUGCAUUAAAUUGGUCGUCAGAAGCCACGAUGUCAGUUAUAAAUGCUGUGAAAACGUAUAAUAAAUAAACACGAAAGACUCGAAUUUCGAAAGAUGCAGACAAACGAAAACAAUAGUAGUAACAAUAACAAGGUGCUCGAAUCGGACCAAAAUAAAUACAUACAUACAGACGGUAGAGCAGGCCGAUAUGUAUUGACGUCGCCGCGCUGAAGUAGAGCUGAUUACACAAAAGAUCCUCUAAACUAUUUUAUUCAAGGCUCGAAUAUGUCCGACGGCGUCGGUAUCUUGCACAUCAAGCAGGAGGUGGACACUUCUUCAGCGGGCGGCGGAGCCUCCUGCUUCAGUCCCACUUCCAAGUCAACGGCCCAACAAAGUGGUACAAACGGCAUGAAGUCCUCACCCUCGGUUUCACCCGAGAGACAGCUCUGCAGCUCGACAACCUCCCUUUCCUGCGAUCUGCAUAACGUAUCCCUCAGCAACGAUGGCGAUAGUCUUAAGGGCGGCGGAGCGGGCAGCGGCACCAGUGGCGGAGGAGGAGGUGGUGGUACCAGUGGAGGUAAUGCUAGCAAUGCGAGUGCUGGAACAGGAUCCGGAUCCGUAAGGGAUGAGCUUCGCCGGUUGUGUCUAGUUUGUGGGGAUGUGGCCAGUGGAUUCCACUAUGGCGUGGCCAGCUGCGAGGCCUGCAAAGCAUUCUUCAAACGCACCAUCCAGGGCAACAUCGAGUACACUUGCCCGGCAAACAACGAGUGCGAGAUUAACAAGCGGAGGCGCAAGGCCUGUCAGGCGUGUCGCUUCCAAAAGUGCCUGCUAAUGGGCAUGCUCAAGGAGGGCGUGCGUUUGGAUCGAGUGCGUGGUGGGCGGCAGAAGUACCGACGGAAUCCCGUCUCAAACUCUUACCAGACCAUGCAGCUGCUCUACCAAUCCAACACCACCUCGCUGUGCGAUGUAAAAAUCCUGGAGGUGCUCAACUCCUACGAACCGGAUGCUUUGAGCGUCCAAACGCCGCCACCGCAAGUACACACGACUACCAUUGCGAAUGAUGAGGCGUCCUCCUCUUCGGGCAGUAUCAAACUUGAGUCCAACGUUGGAGUCACGCCCAAUGGCACUUGCAUUUUCCAGAACAACAAUAACAAUGACCCCAAUGAGAUACUAAGCGUUUUGAGCGAUAUUUACGAUAAGGAGCUAGUGAGCGUGAUUGGUUGGGCCAAACAGAUACCUGGCUUUAUAGAGCUACCCCUUAACGACCAGAUGAAGUUGCUCCAGGUGUCUUGGGCGGAGAUCCUAACCCUUCAGCUGACCUUCCGUUCACUGCCGUUUAAUGGCAAACUGUGCUUCGCCACGGAUGUCUGGAUGGAUGAGCUAUUAGCCAAGGAGUGCGGCUACACUGAGUUCUACUACCACUGUGUGCAGAUCGCGCAACGCAUGGAGAGGAUUUCGCCACGAAGGGAGGAGUACUACUUGCUAAAGGCGCUGCUUCUGGCCAACUGCGACAUUCUGCUGGAUGACCAGAGUUCACUACGCGCCUUUCGCGAUACGAUUCUAAAUUCCCUUAACGACGUUGUCUAUUUGCUGCGUCAUUCUUCGGCGGUAUCGCAUCAGCAACAGUUGCUACUGCUGCUGCCUUCGCUGCGACAGGCGGAUGACAUCCUGCGGCGCUUCUGGCGAGGAAUCGCACGGGAUGAGGUAAUCACCAUGAAGAAACUUUUUCUCGAGAUGCUCGAGCCGCUGGCCAGGUGAAACAAAUUAUGCGGACGGCCAAUCUAGUUGAUCUAGCUGAUUAGCAAAGGUGCAAAUAUAGUCUUAAGUUGGACGUAUACUGGCGUAGAUUAAGCGUAGGAUAAGCCAUGUACAUAGAUAGUAAAAUACUUGUCGGGUUAGAUUAGUUUGCAGAGAAAAACCUCUUUUUAAUGGCCUACCAAUUACAGCAACUCAAAAACCUA